UGAACCGGAAGUGCUAGCGCUCCAGCUUCUCUCGGCCAGGCGGAACCUGCUCCGCUGGGCCUGGUGGCCGCAAAAGUUCAUUCUCCCGCCCCAACGGUCGUCGCAGCCAACUGCCUCGCCCGCCUGGCAGCCUAAGCCGCCUGCUCGUCUCCUCUCCGGCUUCGUGCGGCCCCGCGUCACCCCCGCCGGGCGGUAUCCGCUGGCUGCCGCCGCCGCCGCCGCCGCCGCCGCCUCGUCUAGUGCCGGACCAAGCGGCCCGCCCCGCUGCAGCGAUGUGCGACAAGGAGUUCAUGUGGGCCCUGAAGAACGGGGACUUGGACGAGGUGAAGGACUACGUGGCCAAGGGAGAAGAUGUCAACAGGACACUAGAAGGCGGAAGGAAGCCACUUCAUUAUGCAGCAGAUUGUGGGCAGCUUGAAAUCCUGGAAUUUCUGCUGCUGAAAGGAGCAGAUAUCAAUGCUCCAGAUAAACAUCAUAUUACCCCUCUUCUGUCUGCUGUCUAUGAAGGUCAUGUUUCCUGUGUGAAAUUGCUUCUGUCAAAGGGUGCUGAUAAGACUGUGAAAGGUCCAGAUGGACUGACCGCCCUUGAAGCCACUGACAACCAGGCAAUCAAAGCUCUUCUCCAGUGAUGGAUAGAUGGACUGAUAACUCGGACGAAUGACUCUCCUGUGGCCUCACACUGCUGCCUGUCUGUCUAUCACUCUCUAUCUGCCAGCUUCUUCAGCUAAAUACUUUAUGAGGGGUGAGGGGAGAGAGAAAUGCAUAAAAAAUCAGACUACCAGGAAAAAGUAAAAGGAAACAAUGCUUUGGAGGAGAGGGAAGAAAGCAUGAUCAGACUUUUCUAGGAUUCCUGAUCAAGUCAGCCUCUUCCAUUUCUAAUGAACUACACAGUUUAUAACCCCAGGGAGAGCAAAGACAAAAUAUACCAGGAACAUGUGACCUUCUCAGCUCCCUAGCUAGUUUGUUAAUUAGUUUGUGUUGGAAAUCUAAUUGUACAAAGGCCAACUCCACAUAUUUGGUAGCCCUCGCUGCAAGCAGUAGUGGCUGCUGCGAUGUCAACUUAGGGUGCUGAGAUAAGCAAUUAGCUCUAGCCUUCUGCCUUAAGAAUGCACUCUCCUGGGGACUCCCUGGCACCGUUAAGAGCGCUGCCUGUGGUUGGUGACCAAAUCUUCCUCAGUGACCUCGAGCUUUAUGUGAAAGCUCAGUUAAGGUGAGGAGGGGCACACUCCUAAAUUGCUGGGUGACUGAACUUUGGAUUUUCUCUCCCCUUUCACAUGGAUUUCAUGUCUCUAGAUAAAACUGACUAGUUUUAUUUAUAAAAUCCUAAAUUUUAGAAGUCUAAAGGAGAAAUCAUUCCAGUAUGCAUAUUUUUUCUCCUCUAGAUUCAGACAUUUAUAUAACAUUGAAACACUUUCAAACUCCUGCUGGUAGUUAAAGGGGAUUUAAAAAUAGAAUCAUAGCCAUAUGUGUGUUAGUAUCAUAUAAAGAAAGAACAGUUGUGUUAGUACCUUAUGGAUAUUUUCUUUAUUUCCUAUUUGAAUGGAUUGACCUCAGUUACUUUGGAGAAUCAAGGAACAUUGUUUGGAAUGCCUGUCUCAGACCUAUCUUGGAUGCUGAUUAUUUAGUGUACCAAAGCUAUCACUGGGGUAAGAUUUACUGUUUGGACAAAUUUAGCCCCAUCCCUUCAAAAAUGUGCUUGUUACCAGGUUCCCCUGAGCUGGUGAUAGGUUUCUGCUGAACAUAUGCCAACCCACCUAUAUAUAUUUAAUGGCUUUUUUAUAAAUCAUACAUUGCAUAAAAUAUGACAACUUCAAAAUAUACUCAUAUUGUGUUCUUAGAAUACAGUGCCCUAAAAUGAUGUUCUUAUGACCUGCCUGGAGAAAAUUUAGACAUAUCUCCAAAUAUUUAUUUCAGAGGCAGUACAAUUAAUUAAAAUAUAUACCUUUAAAUUUGUUAUCUUGAACUUAAAAUAUUAAGAUUCCUUUGUCGUGUAAGCUUACUGAAAAUACUGGAGUUUUUCCUUAAGGCCAACUCAUGCAAUAAUUGAAUGUACCUCAAAUUUUUAAAGACGCGGGGAGGAGGGUACAUUUAGGGACUUACAUUCAGAUUGUGGAUAAUAAAGAAUUAAUGAUUUUUAAGGCAGUGUAGCAUUCAUUCUACAGUAGGGUUAAACCAUGAUCAAAAAAGGUCAGUUUGGCUAAUAACAAGUUUUACUGAUCAGUUACUAAUUGGUUGGUUGGCAUGUGUGGGUGUGUAUGUGUGUGGGUGUGGGUGUUGUGUGGGUGUGUGUGGGUUUUCUCCCAUGAAUCCUUUUUUUAAUCCUGUGGCUUUUUCACUUACAACUAGCCUAACCCUGUAAUUUUCUUACAUCCAAGAAUACAAUCACAAAAGAGUGGUUUAAAUACUUUGAUAUAUUUGGCUAGUUCUGAUAACUUAAUGCAGCCUAUUAGAGUUGGACAUCCUCAUUGAACCUGGAGGGCAUUCUAUCAGUCUGUAACUAUCAACAUAGUGCACCAGGGUAUCUUUGUUCCACCUCUUGGCAUAAUGCUAUUCAAAAGGAUUGAGUUUUACCCAUUACUUUCCAAGUGCUUUCUUGUAGUUGGCUAUUGUAGAGAGUGUGUUGUCCUAUCAUUCCUAAACUUGGUCUUCUUUCUAUGUAAUUACGGUAGAGAAACCAUUGGGAUUCUUUGUACAGUUUGUCCUGAUCUGAUGUUCCUUGUAAUGCAGUAGAGGCUAUCUCGCCUUCCCUCUUCUAUCUCAGCCAUUUUGUAAACCCCAUAAUUAUGAAGCAAUUGCCUGAGAAAUUAACAUAUAAAGAUAGAAUAGUAUAGACUGACCAAGGUGGUUUACAAUUUUUUUAAGUAGGUUAUUUAUAAUGUAUUUCUAAACCACUUGGCAGAGAUUCACAACACUUAAUGUUCAUAUUUUGAGUAAAGGAAGCUAAAACUGUCUGCUUUUUGGUACUACAUGCAUUAGCAAAUGGUUAAGUAAGUUUUGUUCUCCACUAAAAUACUGUUUAACAUCUCAGAAAAGAUCUUGCAUGUUCCGUAGUUUUGUAUUAAAUCAGUCAUUUCAUAUGCACUAUCUCAAGUAAAAACAGGUGGUUUACCUGUUGACUGUAGUGUACUAACAAGGUCCCUCUUGAAGUUAUAGUUCAUAGACAACACCUAAGUAUCCCAAGUAGUUGCUAACCUUUCUGAACCCAUUUGGGCAUGAAGGAGAAAUAGUAGGUAGAUGCAGUAUGUGAAAGCUGCAAACAAGUAGGCCCUUCAUUCAUUGAUUUUUUUUUCCCACCGAUAAUGGAUUUUUAAAUCUAUGUGUUCCUAUUUGAUUUUUUUUUCCUAACACUUCAACUGAGCUACUGUUUUCUUCCAUGCAAUAUCGUAUACUCAAUUGUGUAUAGAAGAAGCUGGUAAGAGUGCCCUCCUACAUAAAUAAGCAAUUGCAGUGUUUUGCAUGCAAAAUUUAAAAAAUUUAAAUUGUCCUGAUUCUAUUUUGUAAAUGGAGAAACAAUCAUAUCUUUCUAAGCAGUAAUGGAGGAAGACUAGUGCUUUGUGCAUUUUGAUAUAUUUGAGUUCAUUUUUUCAUAAUGUCAUACUUUUGACACAAUUGGGUCUCUCAUGAGUAUCCUAGUUCCUGUACAUCCGAAUGCUAAAUAAUACUGUGUUAAAGUUUUGUGUUGCAAGAACAAAUGGAAUAAACUUGAAUUGUGCUACA